AUGCUCCGCUCAGUGCACCGCACCGCGCCGUUAGCUGUGACGGGUACGACGGCCGUAUUGUCCACGUCUGCUGUGCCCUUUGCCUUGCAGACGGCCCAGCGGACCAAGUACGUGCGGCAGCCUAGUGCUCACUGGGACCCUGUUCACGAGGAUAUCAACGCCCACGUGAAGCGCCGCAUCCCCGGCGAGACGCGCGUCGAUCGCGUGAAGCGCUUUGCACGUGAGUGGCGUAACGUAGAGCUGGAGCUUGGCGUGUACAAGGAUUCCCGCGGUCGUGAGGUCAAGUACCGCAAGACGUUCGUGUACCGCUAUACCUACCCGAACGCGUUUGAUGAAUUCUGGUGGCCAUGCAAGUAG